UCCCCCAGGCGCCCUCUGCACUUUCUUCUCGAACCACCCUCGUAGGCAAACUUUGAUGGGGAACCUCGCACCGCGCUGGAAAAAUGCCGGUUAUGAAGGGAUUACUGGCACCCCAGAACACCUUCCUCGACACCAUCGCCACCCGGUUUGACGGCACACAUAGUAACUUCAUCCUUGCAAAUGCUCAGGUGGCUAAGGGAUUCCCUAUUGUUUACUGCUCAGAUGGCUUCUGUGAGCUUGCUGGAUUUGCAAGAACUGAAGUCAUGCAGAAGAGCUGCAGCUGUAAAUUUUUACUUGGUGCUGAAACAAAUGAGCAGAUGAUUCUUCAGAUUGAGAAAUCAUUGGAGGAAAAGAUAGAAUUCAAAGGAGAAAUCAUGUUCUAUAAGAAGAAUGGGUCUUCAUUCUGGUGCCUAUUGGAUAUUGUUCCUAUAAAGAAUGAAAAAGGAGAUGUAGUACUCUUCCUGGCCUCUUUCAAAGAUAUAACAGACACAAAAGUGAAGAUUGCUGCAGAAGACAAAAAGGAAGAAAAAUGGAAAGGAAGAGGAAGAGCUGGGUCACAUUUCGAUUCAGCUCGAAGACGGAGUAGAGCUGUCCUUUAUCAUAUCUCUGGACACCUACAAAGAAGAGAGAAGAACAAAUUAAAAAUUAAUAAUAAUGUUUUUGUAGAUAAACCAGCAUUUCCAGAAUACAAAGUUUCAGAUGCAAAAAAAUCCAAAUUCAUAUUGUUGCAUUUUAGCACUUUUAAAGCUGGCUGGGACUGGCUUAUUUUACUGGCAACGUUUUAUGUUGCUGUGACUGUACCUUAUAAUGUUUGCUUUAUUGGCCAUGAUGAGCUGUCUACAACUCGAAGCACAACUGUCAGUGACAUUGCAGUGGAAAUUCUUUUUAUCAUUGAUAUUAUUUUAAAUUUCCGAACCACAUAUGUCAGCAAAUCUGGCCAAGUUAUAUUUGAAGCAAGAUCUAUUUGUAUCCACUACGUGACUACCUGGUUUAUCAUCGAUUUAAUUGCUGCACUUCCUUUCGAUCUUCUUUAUGCUUUCAAUGUCACUGUGUUAAUUGAGAGCCACAAAUAUAAAAUAGCUGGUUGUAAUCAAUGCUCUCUACCAGCCAUGACUAGAUCUUAUGCUGUUAUUACCCAGCCCUUCUGGCUUAGCUUUCUCUGUUGGCUUCAUGAGCUAGGAAAACGUAUAGAGUCUCCUUACUAUGACAACAAUACCCUGGGAGGCCCAUCAAUCAGAAGUGCCUAUAUAGCUGCCCUAUAUUUCACCCUCAGCAGUCUCACAAGUGUUGGGUUUGGAAAUGUUUCAGCCAAUACUGAUGCUGAAAAGAUCUUCUCCAUUUGCACAAUGCUGAUAGGAGCUCUGAUGCAUGCCUUGGUGUUUGGCAAUGUGACUGCCAUAAUUCAGAGGAUGUACUCCAGAUGGUCCCUUUAUCACACAAGAACCAAGGAUCUGAAGGAUUUUAUACGGGUCCAUCACCUGCCACAGCAGCUAAAGCAAAGGAUGCUUGAAUAUUUCCAAACUACAUGGUCUGUCAAUAAUGGAAUUGAUUCCAAUGAGCUUUUAAAAGAUUUCCCAGAUGAGCUGCGUUCAGAUAUCACCAUGCACUUGAACAAGGAGAUUUUGCAGCUCUCUCUUUUUGAGUGUGCCAGCCGUGGUUGCCUCAGGUCUCUGUCUCUGCAUAUCAAAACCUCCUUCUGUGCUCCUGGGGAAUACCUCCUCCGGCAGGGAGAUGCCCUGCAAGCGAUCUACUUUGUGUGCUCAGGUUCCAUGGAAGUCCUGAAGGACAGCACGGUGCUGGCGAUUCUCGGUAAAGGAGAUUUAAUUGGAGCAAACCUAUCCAUUAGGGAUCAAGUUAUUAAAACAAAUGCAGACGUUAAAGCUCUAACAUAUUGUGACCUCCAAUGCAUUAUCCUCAAAGGUCUCUUUGAAGUGCUUGAUCUUUACCCAGAGUAUGCUCACAAGUUUGUUGAAGACAUACAGCAUGAUCUCACAUACAAUCUAAGAGAAGGUCAUGAAAGUGAUGUAAUAUCAAAAUUAUCAAACAAGUCUACACUAUCUCAGACUGAGCUCAAGGGAAAUGGAAAUAUAAAGAAGAGACUCCCUUCAAUUGUAGAAGAUGAAGAAGAUGAUGAUGAAGGAGAAGAAGAGAGCAGCACCCUUUCACCAAUCCAUACAAGAAGCACAACUUGCUCUCAACAGAAGAAGGCUGGAAGCAAUAAAAGCCACCUGGGGAGGAAUUUGAAGCAGCUGGCCUCAGGAACAGUGCCCUUCCAUUCACCCAUUCGUGCUUGCAGUUCAAACCCCUCAAGAACCAAACAUGAAACUGAGCUCCAUUACUAUUCCAAAAGGAAGGAAAAAAACCUUAAGUUACACCUUUCAGCACUGAAUGCUGGUGGCCCACCAGACCUGAGCCCAAGAAUUGUUGACGGGAUUGAAGAUGGAAACCACAAUGAGGAGAGCCAAACCUUUGACUUCAGCUCUGAUCAGCUCCGUCAGGAUUCCAGGGUAUCUCCAACAAUUGGAGAGGCUGAAAUUGGUGCUGCUGUGCUUGUUAUCAAAGCAGAAGAGACCAAACAACAGAUCAGCAGGCUUAAUAAUGAGGUGACAAUCUUAACUCAAGAAGUCUCACAGUUAAGUAAGGAUAUGAAGAAUGUGAUGUACCUUCUUGAGAACCUGCUCACAUCCCAGAAGCCACCAGGGUUCUGCACAAUGCAUGGCAUAUCUCGGAGUCCUACUCUGGAAAGCUUGCAGGCUCGAAUGGCUUGGACUCCACGUCAACCUUGCACACACAUGCAAGCCGGGAACAUUACUUGCACCAAAGCACAACCCUGCCGCAGUAACACAUUAUGUGACAUUUGGAAUACAGACCUAUCCUCUGUAGGCAGCAGCCCCCAGAGAACUGAACCCAAUUUUCAAAAUUCUACAGACAGUGAAUUUUACUAUACACCGGGCCUUCACAAUUCACCCUCCCAGUAUCAGGUAAUUCAGAAAGAUAACUUGCAAUUUUUAAGAUGCACCUCUCCCCAUUCAGACACUACCUUGACCCCUCUUCAGUCUAUUUCAGCAACUCUUUCUUCUUCAGUAUGCUCUUCAUCAGAGACAUCAUUACACCUCGUGCUGCCCAGCAGGUCUGAGGAAGGUAGCUUUAGCCAAGGAGCAAUCAGCUCAUUAAGCCUGGAGAAUUUGCCAGGAUCAUGGGACCUUGAAGGAACAGCUGGAGUAGUUUCUGCACAGAACUCAGACUUUGCAUUAGACAUUGUGACAAGCACAAGGGAUAUUAAAGAUAAAGAUAACCAAGCCAUAGAUGUAUAACAAGAAGUGGUAAAGUGGUACUCAAGACAUGUUCUGCAGCUGCCAGUUUUAAAUGUAGAGAGUACCACAUGACUGCUUUGUUUGACUUUUUCUUUGGUGAUCAAGGAUACUUACAAAGAUGAAAAUUCAGAUUUAUAGAAAGUAAGAAAUGGUAUUGCUGGUUCAUACUAUAGUAAAAAUAUUCUAGAUUCUAGAAGCAUGUUGAAAAGCAUUUUGUAUACAAAUAUAAGUUUCUGGUCUGUUUGGCAGACUGUUGUGAUAGUCCAAAGACCCUGAGGGUCAGAGCAGCUGGAAGUCUAGGACAAAAGAACUGUCAUGGGCAGCAUUUAUUCAUUGAAGCAAAGGUUUUCACUGAGUGUCUGACUGUUGUUCCCAAACAAUAUCCAUGGCACCGUUUGCUUCAGGUGAUCGUGGGCCCUGCUGGUCUGUUUGUCAGUUCUAUGAAGGCAAAGGGACAAUUAUCUCUGCAUGUCAUCUAGACAAUCAACCAAAUAGAGCUGGUAGAGACUGGUUAGUUGUUGCACGUUAUUUGUCAUGUAAAUGAAACCUCUUAAUUUAUCAAAAAAUACUAUUUUUAUAUACUUGGUAUGAAAUAUGUACUUACAAAUUAUUUAAAAUAUUUAUAAGGAGAAUAAGAGUUUGUUUCCAUUUUGGUAAAAGCUUGCAGUUUUAACAAGAAAUGCACUGCCAUCAUGUAUUAGAUCAAAUGCUAUUUAUUGUUAAAAUUAUGUAGUUUACAAAUUGAUUCUCUUUUUUGUGCAUGCAAUUUGCAAUGAAUGUAUUCAUGCUGGUGGGAUACAAAUAAAUUAAGGUAUUAUUUUAUUUAAAAAAAUAAAACAUCUGGAAUGUGUCCUAUGCUAAGUCACCCAUCAAUACUUAAACUGUGACUUGUUAAACCAA